CAUCUAAUCCAGUUUAGCCCUUGACAGCUUUAGAUCCCAGGGAGAUUCCUGCCUGGGAAGGAAGAGAAAGAAGGAAGGAAGACAGGGGAAGGAAGAGGGGAAGGCAAGGAAGGAAAAUAAGGGAGGAAGAAAAGGAAGGGAGGGAGGGAAAGGAGGCAGAGAAAGAAGAAAGGAAGGGAAGGAAAAGAGAGAGAAGGAAGGAAGACAGGGGUGGGAAAGGAGGAAGGGACAGAAGGAAGGCAGGAAGGAAGAGAGGGAAAGGAAGAAGAUAAAGAAGGGAGGGAGGGGGAGGAAAGGGAGGAAGAGAAAGAAGGAAGGGAAACAAGGGUGGGAAAGGAGGAAGAGAAGGAAGGAAGGAAGUCAAGGGAAGGAAAGGAGGAAGCGAAAGAAGGGAGGAAGACAAGGAAGGAAGACAACUAAGGAAGGCAAGUAAACGGAGGAAGGAAAGGAAGGAAGAGAAAAAAGAUAAACAAAUUGGGAGGGAGGAGAUUAGGAAAGCGGAAAGACACGCAAACAAGGAAGAACAGAAGGAAGGAAGGAAAGAAAGAAGAAAAGGAAGAAAGUAAAAGCAAGCAAGCAAGCAAGCAGGAAAUAUUUUGAAAUCUCUGUGAAAAGGGAGCCUAGGAAUGGGAAUCUGGGACGUCUACAACUUCCUGAUGAUAAGAGAUGUUUGGUAGACUGCCUCGGAUUCACGCAAUGUCUGUUUCUAAGCAGAGGUUGGAGGGGCACCUUUCCGGAAGGCUCUGAAUGUGCCUUCCUGCCUGGCAGAAAGGGGUUGGACUGGAGGGUCCCCUCCAAUUCUAUAAUUAUGAUUCUAUAAAAGUCGGUUCAGUGCGUCGAGACUAGCAUUACCCAACCAUUGGGUUUUGGAGACCAUGGCACAUUCAUGUUUCUCAGGGGCUUCCCUUUCUGCAUCCUUCCCUAGGCGCCACCAUGUGCACCACCAACAAAGGCUGGCCUGAAGAAUUCGGCUUCCGGAUUGGCGGCAACGGGCCGUGCUUCAUCCUGACGGUUGACGAUGGGAGCAGUGCCCAGAUGGCUGGCCUGCGACCGGGGGAUCAAGUCCUGGAGGUGGAAGGCCAGCCGGUCUCUGCCUUGAACUGUGAAGCCUUGAUCGCCUUGGCCCGGCGAUGCCAGAACGUGCCCCCCAGCAUCGGGGUGGUCUCCCGCAUCCAGCAAGUGGACCUCUGGCCGGGUCAAGAGGGCUACUUCGGCUUCACUUUGGCCCGUGAUGGAGGGCCGCCUCUGCAAAUAGAACAUGUGGCCCCAGGCUCUCCGGCCUCUGAAUCUGGACUCAAAGCUGGAGACUACGUCCUGGAGGUCAAUGGGGUCCCGGUGAGGGUUUAUGAGGAGGCGGAGGCCAUGAUCCAUGAUUGCCAAGACAAGGGGUUCCAGUUAGGUGUCCUCCGCCUCGGGCGGACCCAAACGCGGAGGGCCAGCAGUGACAUUCGGGCCUUUGUCCAAAGUGCGGACGCAAUCCACCAGGAGCGGAGGCAGAAGGCCAGGGAGUUCAGCAAGAAGGUGCAAGAGAUCCUGGGGGAUGAACCCGAACUCAAGGAGAAGAUGUUCACCAUCCUCAAGCAAUUUGCGGCCGAGAGGAAGGUGGAUGACCUGGCCUAUGCGCUGGCCAUGCUCUUCACCAAGGACUCCCACCGCCUCCUCAUUGACAAUAUCAGGAUUUUCAUCCCACGGAAGCACCGCCAGCGCUUUGACGAAGUGGUCUCCCAGAGCCUAAUCAGCAAGCUGUGCCGGGCCAAGGGUGGACAUCCCGGGGGGCGGCUGAGGCGCAGCCGGAGCGAAGACCCCCGUGAGCGACUGCUGGUCUCCACACGAGCCAGUUCCGUGCCACGGAGCCACGAGGAGACUCUCAAGGGCUUCCGGCAGGCCUCCCUUGUGGCCAGCAAUGUGGGCUCCGGGGCCGCCAGGAGGACCGUCCGGGUCUACAAAGGCAGCCGGAGUUUUGGCUUUACCCUUCGUGGCCAUGCCCCUGUCUGGAUUGAGUCAGUCCUGUCUGGGAGUCCUGCUGACAAAGCAUCCCUGAAAGCUGGAGACCGGAUCCUGUUCCUCAACGGCCUGGAUAUGAGGAACUGCUCCCACGAAAAGGUGGUCUCCAUGCUCCAAGGCAGCGGCGCCAUGCCCACUCUUGUUGUGGAGGAAGGCAUCGUCAGCUUCUCAGAUUCAGAGUCAACAGAGAGUCCUGGCUCCUCCUCUGCCCUGACCUCCUUGCAAUGGGUGGCUGAGAUCCUCCCUUCCAGCAUCAAGAUCCAGGGCCGGACUUUUCACCAGCAGCUGGAGCACCUGCUCACGCCACCCGAGCGCUAUGCCAUUUGCAAGGCCCUGGAGAGCUUCUUCCAGCACAGGAACAUUGACACCCUGAUUGUGGACGUCUACCCGGUGCUGGACACUCCCUCCAAGCAGGUCAUCUGGCAGUUCAUCUACCAGUUGCUGACCUAUGAAGAGCAGGAGCACUGCCAGGAGAAGAUCGCCCGCUUCCUGGGCUACAAGUCAGCGGCAGGUAAGUCAAGAGCAGAGCCUGAGGUGGAAGAGGGCCUCAGGAUGGGACCCUCGAUGAGUCGGAGGAGCCUCCAUGGCCACAAUCGUGAGGAAGGAGGAGGUGGGGGAGGAACCGGAGGCUCCAUUGAGACAGCUGUGGAUUUGCCAGUCCGUGUCGCGUCGGGGGAGAGGCAAGCGGGUGAUGGGACAUCCCUUCCGGAAACACCCAAUCCUAAAAUGAUGUCGGCUGUUUAUGCAGAGCUGGAGACCCGGCUGACCACCGGCUUUGGGGGCAAACUGGGCAACUUGGCCGCACACCGAACAUCGCCUCCAGAUCAAGGAAACCCAGCAGGGCUCUGCAGGUCUGGCCCGAUCAUCUCUUGGCAGGAAGACCAUGCAGGCUACUUCCAGGCCCCGAGUGCAUCAGGCAGCCUGCCUUCUCCUGGCAGCACUGAGUCCAACCCCUAUGUCAGUCUGGACAGCAGCCCAACCCCCUCCCCGGAGCAUGGCUUCAGUCCCGCGUCCCAGCGCCACCAGCGCAAGAAGCUCUUCACUUUCUCCAGGCCCCCACGCAGCCGUGACACGGACCGCUUCCUGGAUGCCCUGAGUGAGCAGCUGGGGCACCGCAUCGCCAUCGUGGACGACUUCCUCACCCCGGAGAAUGAUUAUGAGGAAAUGAGCUUCCAAGAUGACCAGGGUAGCUUUGUCACCCAGGACCUGAGCAGUGCCAGCGAGGACCAGAGCAGCAGCAGCAGUGAAGGCAGCAGCGAAGGCAGCUCCCUGACCUACUCCUCCCUGUCAGACCCCAUCCCUCCACCCCCCCAUACCCCGCCACCCCCUCCCCAACCGCAGGACCCCAAAAAGGGGGCCCAGAGGAGGCUCCAGGCAGGGAAGACACCUCCAGUUGCACCCUCAGCUUCUUCCUCUUCCUCCGCUUCGCCCAAUCCAGCUUCCUUGGCCCCCCAACUGGCCCCCCCUCCACCCCCGCCGCCGCCCCCUCCUCCUCCGGUCCCCUGCGCCCCCCCUUCAGCCCACCGAGGGGCCUUCCCUCGAAGGAGUGAGUCCAACCACAUGAGCGUCAAGCGACUGCGAUGGGAGCAAGUGGAGAACUCCGAGGGCACCAUCUGGGGACAGCUUGGAGAAGACUCGGACUAUGACAAACUCAGCGACAUGGUCAAAUACCUAGACUUGGAGCUGCAUUUUGGAACGCAAAAGCCCGCAAAGCCAAACCCUUUGCCUGAGUCCUUUAAAAAGAAAGACGUGGUUGAGAUUCUGUCGCACAAGAAGGCCUACAACACAGCCAUCCUGAUUGCGCACCUGAAGCUCUCCCACAUUGAACUGCGUCAGAUCCUGCUGAACAUGGAGAGUGACCGCCUAGAGCCUUCACACAUCAAGCAACUGCUGCUUUAUGCGCCCGACGCUGAGGAGGUCCAGCGUUAUCGCAGCUAUCAGGGCAACCCCAGCAAACUCAGUGAGCCGGACCAGUUUGCCCUACAGAUGCUCUUGGUGCCCGAAUAUCAGACCCGGCUGCGCAGCCUCCACUUCAAGGCCUCGCUCCCGGAGAAGACGGAGGAGAUGACGGCUGGCUAUGGAUGCCUCUUCAACGCCUCAUUGGAGCUGAAGAACAGCAAGAAGCUGGCAAAGAUCCUAGAGUUUGUACUGGCCAUGGGCAACUACCUGAACCACGGUCAGCCAAAGGCCAACAAGACCACCGGCUUCAAGAUCAACUUCCUGACUGAGCUGAACACCACCAAGACAGUCGAUGGGAAGUCCACCUUCCUACACAUCCUUGCCAAAUCGCUGGGCCAACAUUUCCCGGAGCUGCUGGGCUUUGCCAAGGACCUGCCCACGGUGCCCCUCGCUGCCAAAGUGAACCAGAGGACCCUCAUGGCUGACCUCAAUGACCUCCGGACCACCAUCGAGGAGAUUGAAGAAGCCUGCCAGAACAUGGUGCUUUCCCCGGAGGACAGGUUCACAGUCGUCAUGGACGCCUUCCUGGAGACAGCGCACCCCACCAUCCAGGCCCUGGAAGACCUUCAAUGCAAAGCCAUGGAGGAGUUCAACAAGGUCCUCUCCUUCUUCGGGGAGGACACGAAAGCCACCACCUCCGAAGCCUUCUUUGGCAUUUUUGCCGAGUUCAUGAGCAAAUUCGAGCGCGCCUUCAGUGACAUCCAGACCGGGGAGGCACAACCAAGCCUCAGGGUGACUCCGCCGCUGGCCUGGUGACCCUCCAGCAAAGGACAAUGUGGGUCAUUUGGGCCCUUUAUUCAAUGGGAGACUUGGGGUGAUGGCAGCUGUAAAUAGAAGGAUCAGCAAUAGUCCUCCAAGGCUGGAGAAGGAAGGCCUCCCUGGUGGAUCGAGAACAACGGGGCAAAGGGCCACUUGGAAAGUGCACGGAUCAUGGCCUCCUGUGGCUUCCUCCUCUGCAUUUCUGUUUCUAUGGAGGGAGCCUUUCCCUGUGGCCUUGGCUGACAAACACAAACCUGCCACCGACCUGUGCAUUAGCAGCCCUCGAACUUGCCUCCACGGCCACUUUUCUUCUCAUUCUUCUUCGAAGCCAGUGGCAAACCCUUUCUCCACUCCAAGUGCCAGGAAACACCCUUUCUUCGGAUGACUGAGCAUCUUCACCGCACUGUUGCAUCGGUUUCAGACCACUUGUAUCAUUACAGCUGCAUUUCAGAGGAUUCCUCGCCUUUGCUGUUUGCAAAGGGACUUAGAUGGCAUUAACGCGAAGGAAAGGGACAUCUACACUGCCAUAUAAUCCAAUUUCUGAUUCCCGAUUCUCUGCUUUGAACUGGAUUAUAUGGCAGUGAAGAUUAAGGAGCCUUCUACAUUGCCAUAUAAUCCAGAUUUUCCAAGCAGAUAAUCCACAUUAUCUGCUUUGAACUGGAUUGUAUGAGUCUACACUGCCAUAUCAUGCAGUUCAAAGCAAAAAAUCUGGAUUCUAUAUGGCAGUGUAGAAUGGGCAUCAUAUAAUCCCAUUCAAAGCAGAUAAUCUGGGUUCAGAUACUGAUUGUAUUGCAAUGUAGAUCCUGCCUGAGAAAUAAAUCAACUUGAUCCUGGAUUUGUAGAGAUAGUUACAUCCAGUUUAAUUCCAUGGAUGCACAGCUGGCUCUCUAAGGAUGCGUCUGCACUGUAAAAUUAGCACCCUUUGACACUACUUUGACUGCAAUGGAAUGAUAGGAUUUGGAGUUUAGGGAGGCGCCAGCUCUCUUUAGCAGAGAAAGUCUUUGUGAAACUAUAAUUCACAUUAUUGCAUAGCAUUGGGCCAUGGCAGUUAAAGUGAUAUCAAACCGGAUUAGUUCUACAGUGUAGAUGUACCCAGCAUUUGCAAUUUUAAUAAUUCAGGGAGAUGUCAUUCAUAUGGCCUCUUCAGGUCCUCCCAAUGCUAGGCCAAGAUUCCUCUGUCCCUUAGCAAACUACACAUCCCAGCAUUCCUCAGCAUGGAGCUACUACGAUUAAAGUGAUACGAAACUAAGGAUAUGGUGCAGAUGUGCCCUCUGCCUUCCAAAUGGGAUCUGAGUCAAUAUAUAUCCAUCAAUGCCAUUCUUUAUUCUGAACACUAUGUAUUUUUUAUUCUAAAAGAGCUGUUAUUUAAAAUCUAAUUGAGGUGCUUUUAUGACUACUGGAUAUACAGUAUGUGAAUACAUUAUAUAGGUCUGUGUCUCCGUCUGAAUCUCUGUGCUCCCUUCUUGCAAUAAAGCAUCGGUCUUUCUUGCGGCAAAA